UGCUCGCAAAGGCCUCUCAGGUGCGGCUACGGGCGGGGUGCUUGUCUUCCCUCUCAUCGCGGCUCCCAUUCUCCCCAGGCCAACCACCACCACGAUGAGUGAGACACAUGCCGUCUUCACCAACGACCCAGUACGACAGCAUGCGAUGAUCCACAGACGGGUCCUAGUCACCACCACGGACAACCAGGAGUACAUGGGAUGGGUGCACACAAUAGACCCCGUCUCGGAGAGCGUGAUCCUCGUGGAAUUUGGGGAGAACGGCAGCACGGAGGUCAUCAUCGUCUCAGGCUACAACGUGAAGAACAUCGCAGUCCAGGACGACAAGCCUUCCCCCAGCCUUGUCAGUGCCAUUGACAACCUCUUCAGAAAAGAACAGAUACAUUACAGUAGCCAGGAGCUGACGGCACGACGAGAGAGCCUUUGUGUGUGGCUGGCAGAAAACCGUGUGCCAUAUACAGUUAGGGAUGACAUGAGUGUAGAGGUUUUGCAAACUGCAGUAAUAGCCCAGCCAUAUGAACCAGGCUCAGUCCAGUGCACCAAUGAAGUAGUUCUGGACAAAGUGAUGAAACUGGUGCAGCAAAUGCCUGUUCAAGCUGCCACCACAACUUAAAAUGCCCUGCUAGUGUACUAAUAGCAGGAUGCCAGUAUCUGCUUAGAGCGCAACAGAAUCAUGUGAUAUUUCAGCGGAUGUCUGGCCUCCUAUUCUGUACAGCUGAGUCAUGUGUCUGAAUCAGUUGCUAAGGCUGGUACACACCAAAGUUGAUGUAGUGAAGUGUAUGCCUUGGCUAUUGUACCACCAAAGCUAUCAGUCUUGCUACUACAGUAUUAUAUUUAUUGAGAUAUCUCUCAGCAAAUUUAGUCUUACCAGUAAAGUAAAAUAGUUCAUAUAAUGUGCCGAUGACAGUCAGAUGUCUUUUUGUACAGGAUUAUAUGCCUGAUUUCAUAUCUUCAUGUAACCACCUUGUCUGAAGACUUAACUAAUAACCUUAAGGAAAAUUAAUGUCAUAUUCUGUACCCAUAGUAACAUGAAAAGCUUGCAGCCAUCUAUUAUUCCAUGAAAGUAUACUACCAAUAUUACAGUCUUAAAAUCCAUUUUUCUUUUUAAUUAUUAGAAAGACGGUCCAUCAUAACAGCCCUUGAUUUGUUUUGGCUUCCUCGUACUAUUAUCAGAGGUUGAUUCAGUAUCAGCAUGUAUAUUUGGAUGUAUUUGCUGUUUAGUAAAUAUUUGACAUGUAAUUCAGAGAAAAAAAAACAUUUCAUACUGAAAAGAGUAUAAUGUCUGUACUUAUGUUAUUCAGGUACUGAAAAUUAGUUUUAGAAAUUGUGAAUAUGUAUUCAGAAACAUUAUCAUUCCAAACAGUAAACUAAAGAGGUUUUUUUGGGAGGGGACCAUAUAUAUGUUUUAAAAAAUAGGACUUUACACAGGAAUGCCAUUUUGAAAAGGUUGAUCAUUUCAGGGUAUGUUUCUGAUAUUAACUAGGACAAAUUGUUGUAUACAAUUGGGUGGUAAGGUAAUUUAUAUGUAAUGAUUUGUCACUGGCUGUGAAUAUUUAUUGAUUUGUAUAAAUAGUAAUUGCUCAAUAUAUGGAAACCUGGUUGGAAGUGAUAGUGGAGAAACCACUAUUUGCUUUAACCUCAUGUGACUGGAAAUUAACAUGGAGUAACUCUAAAUUUUAUCACUACACGUAAAACUUUCGACAUAAAUUUAAGGAGCUGACUUUCUUGUGAAGAUUAAACAGCCUCUAUUACUGAAGACAAUGCCUUAUGCUUCACAUACUUAGGUUAAUAGCAACGCACAGAAGAAUAAAACCCAGCGUAAAUGUAAGCGUUCUUGGAAUUUUGGGUCUCGAAAUAGUAGUCUCACUUGUGUGUUUAUUUCAACGUGUAUGCAUUACUCUUGAUUUGAACUGACAAGACUUUAACUCGGAUUUCCGCGAGAACGUCACGAGCGUAAAUUGAAGGGAGGUGGCAUACACCUAGAUUUCAGUAUUUGAAUGUGAAAGUAGCCAUUGCUGAUAUUGCUCUUUAGAAUGUCUGUCUCCUGUGCUUCCAGUACUCGUUCAUUAAAACAAUGAUUUUGAUAAUCAUGUUAAUGAUAAUGAUAAUUGUAAUAGAUAGUAUAAUGAUAAUGGCUUAAAUAAUGAUGAUGUUAGUCAUGAUGAAUAUUAAGUGUUAAGAUCACGUUUUUGAAAAUUAGAAUAUGAAUAUGAAAAUGAUAAUUACAGUACACAAUAUACAGUGAAAAAAACAUACGUAUUGUGACUAGUAACUAGCUUUCUCAAAGUUAUUUUGACCAUUGAUAAUUAUUAUAAUUACUCUAAUUGUGAUUGCAAAACAUCAUAUGCAAUAUUAUUAUCAUUAUUGAUUAUUAUUAUCAUUAUUAUUAUUAAUAUCAUUAUCAUAAUUGUCAUUAUUGUUAAAAUUAUUAUCAAUAUUAUCAUUACUGUUUUAAUUAGUUUGAUCAUUACUUUUUUUUCCAAGAUGACUUUACAGUCUCCGACAUCACUACCAUCUUAAAUAUCAUUUUACUUAAUUUUAUUUUCAAGCUUUCACGACAGCAGUAAUCUACUUCCUAAAUUUCUUGAAACUCUUAAUAUUAUAUCAUAGGCAAUAAGUUUUGCAAUUUUGAAAAUGAGGAGCAAGAUCAAAUGAAUAGAAUCAAAUGUUCUCAUUACAUGUAGAAAUUCUGAUGCAAUUCUUGUUGACUAAAUGAACUGACCGUUGCAAAGGAAAAAAGAAGAAAUGCAAGGUAGAUUGAUAAAUAUUUACAUUUUUUAAGCACAGGAUAUUUUUUUUUGUUUUUUGGUUUUUGUUUCUGUUCUUAUUUAUUUUUCCCUCACUAAGGACACAUGAGAUUAUAUAUAUAUAAAUAUCAUGAAUGUAGCAAGUGAGAAGUCUUGAUUAGCAAUUCCUGGUACGAUGCAUUUUACUAGAACCUGCCUGGAAUGUAUUUCCUGCCCUGGUGGAAAUAGACGUCCCUGGUGGGGAUUAUUUCAACUGGCUUUGAUGCCAGGAGUGGGGCCAGUAGCGCACUUUAAAUGUUGACGUGUGAUUGAGCCUUUUGGUAUUCCUGUUUCACUUUUGUGUGAGGUAUACAUAGGUGUAUAUAUAUAUAUAUAUAUAUAUAUAUAUAUAUAUAUAUAUAUAUAUAUAUAUAUAUAUAUAUAUAUAUAUAUAUAUAUAUAUCUUCAGGCAUGAUGUCACAAUGUUGAAGUUGAUGAGCACAAUAUAAUGACUCAGUUGUCCUUCUCCUUGUGAUGUAGUUUGUAAAUGGGUGUGCUCAUGGUUGAUAAAGACAGUGCAUGUACUUUCAUAACUUGUGUAUAAACGCAACUCGAGGAAACUUUGUAACCAUUUACCCUUUAGUAAAUAUGACUGGUUGGCUGUGACAGUUUUGGGUGAGAAACAUAACUUACAUUCCAGUUGGGUUCUAUUGCUAUAUAUAUUAUCUUAAAAUGGCUAUAUAUCAUCAAUCUUCCACCAACAAUAUUAGCUAAUCUUGCACAUAUAUUUAAAGCUUCUCCCCCCUCCCUCCCUCCCUCCCACAAUAUUCAACUUUAUUAUCAUUAUUAUCCCCAAGAAUUUAGAAGGGUAAAGAAGCAAGUGAAUCAUCUGCUAUCAAAUUUUGAACGUUGAAAAAUCUUUUUUGUAAUUUUGUGAAAAUAGUUGCUUAUAAAAACUCCUUUGAAGGUUACCUUUUCUCUUUGUGUUGUAAUAUUUUAUUAUUUAUACAGGGCUUAAAUGUUCCUUUAUGAAUAUGGUCCCUUCUGUCUCCAUUAUAUUUGGAAUGGACUUCUCCUUUUAUAGCUUGUUGGUAAAGGUACCAUGUACAGUUUCUUUAGUUGGUGGAUUAUGAGAUUUUUCUUUUAUUGACAUUUAUUUUUGGUCUUAAUAUGCAUUUCCAUGAACCUCGGCAUGAUUCAUUCUCUUUUUACCUUCUGUGUAUGUUUGCCUGCGAUCAUUUUGGGAUGAGAACUUUGGUAUUUAAAAAAGAAUGGAUGGUUCGUUUGGCAGUAGAUGUUCAGGAGUUAUUAGUUCCAUUCCUGUACAUUUCUUGCAGAUUAACACUGAGAUAUAUAUAUAUUCUUGAUUAAGUAGUGCAGUGCAAUGUUACCUCAUGUGGUGACUUGAUGUGUUAGAUGCAACCCAUUAAAAUUUCUUUGUAGUGUGCUUUAUAUUUUGAAAAAUAUCAUUUCAUACCAACACUAAUACAGAAAAUUCAUAUAAAUCAUCUGUAUUAUACUAGCAUAGUUGACAAAUAAUUUGUAAGAUAUUUAUAUGCAAUUGUUGACUGCAAUAACUUUCAUUGAUGGAAUUCUGUUCUUCAAGGUUGUUAUCACAGAAAAUAAACUAUUGGUGCUUUGGUGAGUCAUGGAUGUGCAUCCUAAGGAAAUAAUAUUAUGUAAUUAUCACAGGAAAUUUGAUGCCUUAGCGUUAGGUUUCAUGGAGUGUUCCUCUUUGCUUUUGGAAGAAAGAGGCAGUUUACAAGGAGAGGAAAAUAGCUAUCUAAAUAUAUUUUUUUCCAGCAAAAUUUCAACAAUAGGAAAUAAGCCAAGUUGAUGAGUUUAAUGGACAUUAGUCUUUACAUUUAAAAGAAAAUGGGUCAUAGUUUUCGCAUGUUUAUCCAUAGUGACGGGUUUGAUAGAUUAAACAAAUUGCCAAAAUUCAAAGACAUUGUCAACUUCUUAGAAACCCUAUUGGUUUUCAAAUAUGGUAAUGGAGGAGAAACUAUAUUUAAGUGCUUUUUUCAAAUUAUAUAUAUAUAAAGAGUUUAUUAUAUAUUUUAUAUUUAAGGCAGCAUUCUAACAGCCGAGUGCUUCACAUAGACAGCAAAGUGUUAGACAUAAUAAAUACAGGAGAUUGAAUGUUACUGGUGCUAGUGGUUUAUUAUCUGUGUACUUUUAUUUUUUAUCCGAAAUAUUAUAAAGGCAGGUUAUUUAGCAAUUCUCUUGUUUACUGUAAUUUUCAUAUAAAAUAUACCUAUAUAAUUGUGGCAAAUAUAUGGCUUGGUGCUUCAUGUAAUAUUAGAGAUUAAUGAUGUUGCCUUUUAUGUAAACUAGUGUGAUUAUGGUGGAUGGAUAAUCUCUUGUUAUAUGUAUUGCAGGAAAUGAGUAGAUUACAUGUAAUGUUCCACAGAAGUUAGUAGACUGCAUAUUCACCAUUGUGUCAUAGUGUCUAAUAUUCAUAGAAUAGAGCCUCAUAGAGCUAGACUUUGAUGGCAGAAAUAAUACAUAUUGCAGAUUAUUUUGAAAGUACUCUUUAUCUGUUUAUAAAAAGUAUUUUUUACUCUAAAAGGAUUUUAUUUUAUGAAUUUUUGGUCUAGGCUUCAGCAGUCAUUUUUGGUAAGUUCUAAGAUACUAAGGAAAAUUAUAAAAAGAUACUAUGUAGUUUUAUCAAUGGCUGUGAUGACAUUUUUGCAUUAUAUUUUAUUUGAGUCACCUUUUUUCACAGGCAGGUAUUUAUUUCUUCAUGCAAGGUCUAUCCAGUGCAUGGUAGUUACUUAUUGCCAUUGCAAAGUUUUAUGGAAAUACAAACAGUACUGGUCUGGCAGUGAAAUCAGAUGACAGCCAAGCUAACAUAGUUAAAUAAAAGUUCUAAAAUUGGAAUAAUUAAGAUUAUUUUAUAUUUUAUUUUUACAUUUUUCCCAAAUAGAGUAUUAAUUACUCUCAUUAUGAAAUCUACAUGAAUUUCAUAUCCUCAGUCAUAGUGUAUCAGCAUGAAAGCUGAAUUUCAUGUUUUAUCUUGACAUUUGUAGAGACCACCACAUAGCUUCAUAACAGCCAAAUGAUAUUAGUGAAUUAAGGUAUAUAAAUACAGGCAAGCUAAUGAGGCAUCAUCAUCUCCUGUGACUGAUAAAUAUCUUGGAUAUAGUGAUCUGAUUAUUGUAACUUAAGGACAUGUAAUGUUAUUUAAGCUGAAACUAGUAUUUUUGCAUAUCAACAUUUGUUGUUGAAAUAUGGCUGUGCUUUCAUGAAUAGUCUUCUUUUUUUCAUUGAUCUUCAUGGAAGUAUGUAUGGGUUCAUUCUUGCUUAAUAACUCUUCUCUCGCUUCAGCUAUUCAGAAUUUAGUUAGAUCAGUUUAUUAAAUUGUUUAUCUAUUAUCGUUGUCAUUAUCACACGUCAGUUUAUAUAUUCAACUGAUAGAAUGUUUUAACUAUGUGCUUUUCUUAGUUAUUUGCUUGUUUUAUACUCUGGGUGAUUACAGUCACUAGUUGUUUAUUAGUGUUAAUCAUAGCACUGAGGUAACUUAUUCUUCGGCUGUAGUUGUUACUGCCAUUAUAUUACAUUUAGUAAUAUAAUAUUUGCUGUUAUUCUUUUCAGUAUAAUAAUAAUCAUUGUAAUUGUCAUUACUUUAUGUUUAUUCAUCCUCAUCUUAAUCCUGGUAUUCAUUAUCAUAUAGAUUAUUUUAUUCUAUGGGGCGCUGUUGUAUGUGACUUUUAAUAUCCAAUUCAUAACAUUAAACCAUGUUGAUGUUGAAAUCUUAUUAUAGCUCAGUUAUCUGAAGCACUAUACUAAGUGUUAAGGAUUAUAUUAUCAGAUGGUAAUCAGUGUAUGUGUAAGCACAGUAUAUGUCUUGCUUGACCUGUACAGUAUUUACAAAGUUUAUAAUAUGCCUAACAUGUCAAAACCCUAUCACUUAAUGUAAAUAACAUAAAGACCAAAUAACAUAGGUUUUGAUACCCUAUUGUUUUGAAAUUUAUUUUACUUCUGGAAAAAACAAACAAGUAUCUGAUAGUUUCAAGUUCUUCUAAUAUUUGCCUUUUUUACAUUGCAUUCUCAAAAUAGUCGCCAUGCAUUUGACUUACUUUACAUAUUUCCCAAUUUCAAUAUCAUGGUUUGUUUGGGAAUAUGAUAUGAUAAAGUUGCAACUUCUUUCUCUCCCCAAACUUUCCUCUAUACUCAGAUUCAGAAUGACAAUGGUUAAUGAUAACAAUGCAAUAAGUACAUAGUUGCAGUGAAGGAGAAAUGGAUAAUGAUUUUAACUUUAAAAAAAUAAUGAAGGAAUUAGUGUAAUGAAAGACCGGAGGAAUAUCAAGCAAUCAAAUGUGGCCUCCACCUUUAUGUUCUAUGCUGCUAAGAUCAUGAAAGUCAGUAGAAAAUAUGAAUUUGUAAUGUGUGUACUGAAAUUCUCUAUGCUAGAAUGAAGUAGAGUAAUUAUAACAUUACAUAUGAGGUAAAACUCAUGUAAGCAUACACAUGCAUACCUACAUAUGCCCCCGUCCUCUCCCCACCCGACCCCAUACCCCACACACACUUGCACUCACUCACUAUACACACACAUAUUACCUGCAAAUUUAGCUAAGGUCUAUUUAUGGACCUUAUACCUACCUAUCCAGUUAUUAAUUUUGUUGGACUUUUAUGCCCGUAUUAUAAAAAAAAAA